AACAGAAUGGGAAGAGGCGAUAAACGAGGUGUCGGGCAGCGUAACGAACCUGUCAGCACAAGCAGCAACCUGGUCGGAAAAUUCACGCAAAGCGUCCGAAGAAUAGUCCAAGAUGUAAAGGACGAGGGAUCAUCGAGUGGUUUACCAAAAGAAGAUUUAAUAGAAACAAAUGAAAGAUUAAGGACAGUUAGAGUUAGACUUGAGGCUAGUUAUGAUACCGCUAAACGUGCUUUGACUGAUUUGAUGGCUAAAUAUACUGACAGCAAACAAGUUAGGAAUAUUUUUCAGCGUUACAAUAUUCUUAAAGUUAUUAUUAAGGAGGUAAUUAAAUUGGAGACUCAGUAUUGGAUUCUUGUUGACAUACCACGGCAAGAAAAACAAGAAACUGUUCCAUCUUUUGUAUUAAGAGCGUGCGCUAUUAUGGAAAAAACCCAUAAAACUUGCGAGGGAAUCAAAAGUUUUGCUAAAAUCUCGGCAGAAGAUGCUGCGGAGAUUAGAAAGGAACGAAUUGACCGCCUUGAAGACAUGACUACAUCGCAGAUAGAAACUGAAAAUACUCAGAUGAUUAACGACCUCUAUCGACUCCUAAAAAAAUACACUGGCUUAAGGAAUCUUAUUCGAGAUUUAAAGGUGGAAUACAACAGUUCAAAAGUGUACCCAAUGUUCCCACGUUACACGAUACUAAAAGACAUGAUAAAAGACAUAAUGCACAAUCCAUGUUACAUGGAAGUCUGCCAUGAAAAUUAA